AUGCAAGUGUCAACACCGACACAGCUGCGACCGCGGCGGCGGCCAUUAUGCAACGCGCGGGAAAAACCGAUGGCGUAUUUUCUUGGGGGCGAUUUUAAAUUCCUUCUUCGUGCCGCGAAGGUCGUCACUCGGUCGCGCCCGCACGGUGCACGAGCUGCGAACGGCCUGCGGACUGCGUUUGUGUUCUGUGCGGACUCCUGCGGCCGCGUUUGGAAGGACGUGUUCGAUUGUCGUGGGACCCGGUUCACCUGCCGCUGUCUGGCGUUUGAGGGCGGCAUGGCGUCGCCUAGACAUUUCCUUGAGCUGAUCGCAGCUCUCGCCAUCAUAUCUGGCUGUAUGGCAGGACCUCUCGGCCCGCUGCCCAACGUAACAAGCUUGGACCUCGGUCUGAAAGAAGGCGGUUGCUCCUUGGGCGAUGUGGUCUAUAUGCCUGGAGACGAGUUCCCGGGGGAGAGUGCCUGCGAAAGGUGCACCUGCACGGGUGGCGGUGUACAGUGCGCCAAGCAGCGCUGCGAGCCGCGCCCUGGCUGCAAGGCACUACACCGUCCGGACCACUGCUGCCCGACUUACCAGUGCGAGUGCGAGCAAGAAGGGCGCGUGUACGGCAACGGUGAGAAGCUCGUGGACCCGGCGGACCCCUGCCGCGUGUGCUACUGUCAGGGUGGCGAGGUGGUGUGCCGGCGCAUCGCGUGCUUCGUGCGUGACGACUGCACGCCCCGCCACGUGCCGGGCCGCUGUUGUCCGGAGUAUGACAACUGCCCGCUGCGCGGUGUCACCUCAAUUCCUGGAAUUGCUCCAGCGGUCCCGAAUAUUUCCACAUUCGAACACAUCAAUUCUAGUGUUAUACCAUCUUCGGUAAAACAAGAAAUCACUAUCAAAGAAAUAACUCCAGUCUCUGAGAUUCCAGUCAUCACUGAAGUGAAAAUUAAGGAGAUUCUACCUUCGCCAAGUAUCGAAGUCGCUGAAUAUUCGUCAUCCAAGUCACCGCUAAUCCCGCGUGAGGUCACUUCCGAGAAGUCGCAGAUCAAUACAUCUGAUUCAAAAUUUGAAUCAUCACAAAUAAACCACGACCAAUCACCUUCAGCUGAUUCUUCGUUGUCAACAGAAGCAUCUAAGAUUGCUAGUGAAAAAGAUUCCCUAUUGAAGACGGCAAAUGAUCCAUCCAAGAUAAGUCUCUCAACGCAGGACUCUAUAAAUAGUAAUAUCUAUACGUCUAGCAUACCUAUCGCUGUAGCUACAGUUGGAUCGCCUUCUGCGAUACCAAGUAUAGUUUCAGUCCCUUCAAGUAAAGCUCCUAUGAUUGAGGAAGAAGAUACUUCCUUAUUUGAUCAUAAUCCAGCUUUCCCUCCUCUACCUGAUGAUUUGUCAGUUUUAGGCAAUCACGAAGAAGAAAUUCUCACUGAACAAAACAUGGAAGGUGAACAUAUACCUUCAGGUCAUGAAGUUGUUAUCAUUGCAAGUACAAACGCGCCAACCGAAGUUGCAGUUACGAAAGAAGCAGGAACGACAACAUCAUAUUAUGUAUCUGAAGCUACUUCACAAUCAUUGGACAACUUGCACGAGGUUUCUUCGGAAGCAAGCACGAUUAAAGCAGACGACGUCAUUAUUACAGUAACUUCAAAUUCACGAGAAAAUUCAAUGGUCAAUUUGCGGUCAGUAAUGCCCACUGAGAUAAUCAAUGUACCUUCCCAUUUGCCAGAAAUCACUUCGGUUGAAUUAAGCGAUGCUACUGAAGCACCCAUUUUCACUUCCUCAACGAUUACACCAAGCUUCAGCAGCGAUGAAAGCGGUAUAAUAUCAAAAUCACGUUUCGUUGAUGAUAUUUCGUUGAGCACCGAUAUUCCCGACUCAACGGAGUUUGAUAUUGGUAACAAUAUUACGGAGUCUUCCGAUCAAUUAAUUAACGCGCAAGUUUCUGAAGAACAAACGACCAGUUCCAUAUCAAAAUCUAACAUGGGAACUGAGGUAACCUCGCAAACUGAAUUAAGCUCCUUGCCAAUUGAAACUAGUGAUCAAAAUCCCCAUGACUCGUCAGAAAACAUUACUAAAGACAAAUCUUCAGAAUCAACCGUUGAACUUUUGUCUGUAGACGAGGGUACCACAAAACUAUGGCCAACUAAUUCUGAAUUAUCAGUAUCUAAGACGGUUGAUGAGAACCAAUCUUUUGAAAAUAUAGAAACAACAGAAUUCGUUCUUUCACCUUUAAGUUCGCAGGAAAUUACAACUAGUGGUGUAGAAUUAAUAAAAAAAUCUGCGGAUAUCGGAAAGAACUCGGCUAUUAUCGAUCAGUCAAGUGGAAAGAACAAUAAUGUCUUAAAAGAUUUGAUUAAUCUAGUUGGUGACGUCGCUUCAAUUGGUGAUCACACCGAUGGAUCCGAUAUAGAACAUCAUACUGCUAGUCCUACAACUAUUUCGGACUCCGAAGAAUUGAUUCCAGUUAACGCCGGAUACAAAAGCAAAAAUAAGAAUUGGAACCUCAACUCUAUUACGGAAGUUCCGUUUAAGACUAAGGCCUCCAGCAGACAUAAGAAUGUUGAGAUUGAAGAUGACGAUACCGAUUCAAUAACCGAUUCACCUCCUCCGAACGACAAAGUAGAGCCAACGACCAGGCGUCCGAUUAUUGAUAAUGUAUCUGACGACAGAACUGAAAAUAAAACGGAAAAGAAAGAUAUCGAAAUAAUAACAAAAUCUUAUGUACCUACAAUAAAUAGACGACCGACUAAAGUAGUAAUGGGAAAGAGCAAUGAGAAAGCCGUUACCGACGAAGCCGUUUCUGACGAGGGCACCACUGAUGGUGAGUCGGAUGUUUCAGACAUUGCAACAGCGAAAUAUCAAAAUCCUGCUCCAACAACAGUAGGAACGCAGCUAGAUGUUGCUACCACUGAGGAUGGGGCAAGUUCAGCUGAAAAAAUUACCCCAGUCCCCAGUUUAGUGCAG